AUGUCGGAAGCCUUCGAGCGCGAGCGCCAGAACAACGCCCGCCUAGACGAGCUCUCAGCCAAGGUCUCGGCCCUGCGCGGCGUGACCAUCGACAUCUACGACUCGGCGCACCGAGACAUUCUCGUCCAUGACGACACAGCUCAAGGGCUCCGCGAGCCGGCUGGGACGUAUGGCGGCGUCGGGGAAUAA